UCUUCGUCUGCCGAGCAUCCAUCCUGCCGGACUGUAGCGCAGGAGGAGGGGGACACCUAUUUAUCUGUGUUUUGACAUCGAUGACAAGGAUUUUCUAUCGGACUAACGGUGUCGUCGAGCAGCCGAUGCAUUAAUUAGAGCUUUAGGGGAGAACAUGCCUCGCAGGUUCUAGGCUUCAGGUAGAGCGCGGUCUGACAGCUCCGGCGCAAAAACAGCCCCCCAACCCCCCCCCAACUUGCUCCUUCUCUUGCAGUUUUAUCCACACAUUUGGUUUCUUUUAAACCUCUGGAUGACAUGACGCUGCACUCGAUUCACCACCAGGCUUCGAGAAAGGGGCUGAUGCUAUAGCUGUUACUGUGGAUGGUACAAACCUAAAGACCAAGUAGCUGCAGGAUGAAAACAUGGCUUUACCCCUUAUUGCACCGCCAGGACCUAAUAGCUACAAGAAGUUUACUGUGGAAUCUUUGGCAAUCAUUGAGCAGCGCAUCGCUGAGGAGAAAAACAAGAAGCCACCCAAGCAGGACAGCAGCUACCGUGACGACGAUGACGAGAACAAGCCAAGGCCCAACACCGACCUGGAGGCUGGGAGGAGCCUGCCCUACAUCUACGGGGACAUCCCUAAAGGAAUGGUGGCUAUACCAUUGGAGGACCUGGACCCAUUCUACCUGAACUCUCAAAAAACAUUUAUAGUGCUAAAUAGAGGGAAGACAAUCUUCCGUUUUAGUGCCACACCUGCCUUGUACUUCAUAAGUCCUUUAAAUCCGGUUAGGCGAGUAGCUAUUAAAAUUUUGAUACAUUCUCUUUUCAGCAUGAUCAUAAUGUGUACUAUUUUGACCAACUGUAUAUUCAUGACCUUUAGUGAUCCUCCCGAGUGGUCAAAACAAGUAGAGUACACAUUCACAGGAAUUUAUACAUUUGAGUCGCUUGUAAAAAUCACGGCACGAGGAUUCUGUAUAGACGGGUUUACAUUCCUAAGAGAUCCAUGGAACUGGCUGGAUUUCAUGGUCAUUUCGAUGGCAUAUAUAACAGAGUUUGUGGACCUGGGCAAUGUAUCUGCGCUGAGAACAUUCAGAGUUCUCCGAGCAUUGAAAACUAUCUCUGUCAUUCCAGGACUGAAGACCAUCGUCGGCGCCCUGAUCCAGUCUGUGAAGAAGCUCUCGGAUGUGAUGAUCCUGACCGUCUUCUGCCUGAGCGUCUUCGCCCUCAUCGGCCUCCAGCUCUUCAUGGGCAACUUGCGGCACAAGUGUGUGGUCUGGCCGAUCAACAUCACCGAGAACUACAUGUCCAGCAGCACCAAGGGCUUUGACUGGAAAGAGUACAUCAUGAACGACACCAACUUCUACUUCCUGCCUGGCCAGUUAGACGCUCUUCUCUGUGGGAACAGCUCCGACUCUGGCCGCUGCCCGGAGGGCUUCACAUGCAUGAAAGCUGGGAGGAAUCCGAACUAUGGCUACACCAGCUUUGACAGCUUCGGCUGGGCCUUCCUGGCUCUCUUCCGACUCAUGACACAGGACUUCUGGGAAAACCUCUACAUGCUGACUCUGAGGGCGGCGGGGAAGACCUACAUGAUCUUCUUUGUGCUGGUGAUCUUUGUGGGAUCUUUCUACUUGGUGAAUCUCAUCCUGGCUGUGGUGGCCAUGGCUUAUGAGGAGCAGAACCAGGCCACCAUGGAGGAGGCCAUUCGUAAGGAGGAGGAAUUCAAGGCCAUGCUGGAUCAGCUCAAGAGACAGCAGGAGGACGCCCAGACUGCUGCCAUGGCAACCUCUGCAGGCACAGUGUCAGAGGAUGCGGUAGAGGAUGACGGAGGGGGGCGUCUCUCGUGCAGCUCCUCUGAGAUGUCGAAACUCAGCUCCAAGAGCGCCAAAGAGCGUCGCAACCGUAAGAAGAAAUGGCGGCAGAAAGAGCAGGAUAAGGAGAAAGGCGACAGCGAGAAGUUUGUCAAGUCAGAGUCAGAUGACGGCAGCAAGAGGAGCCGCUUCCGUUUCCCUGAUAACCGGCUGGGUCGAAAGUCUUCCAUUAUGAACCAGUCCCUACUCAGCAUACCCGGCUCGCCGUUCCUGUCCCGCCACAACAGUAAGAGCAGCAUCUUCAGUUUCAAGGGGCGCAACAAGGACGUGGGUUCAGAGAACGAGUUCGCCGACGAUGAGCACAGCACGGUCGAGGAGUGCGAGGAGCGCCGGGGCUCCCUGUUCAGCCCGUACCGGCGGAACAGCUACAGCGGCUUCCACGGCAAGAGGAACAGCACGGUGGAUUGCAAUGGCGUGGUGUCGCUCAUCGGCCCUGGGCCCGGUGGACGCCUUCUGCCUGAGGUGAAAAUAGAUAAGGCAGCUACUGACGACAGUCCGACUACUGAGGUUGAGGUGAAGAAGAAGCUGUCGGGCUCCCUGAUGGUGUCUGUGGACCAGCUCAAUACCUCCUUUGGGCGGAAAGAGCGGGCCAACAGUGUCAUGAGCGUCAUUACCAACACACUAGUGGAGGAACUGGAGGAGUCUCAGCGCAAGUGUCCGCCUUGCUGGUAUAAGUUUUCUAACACAUUCCUGAUCUGGGAGUGCUCCCCCAAUUGGAUUAAGAUCAAGGAGAUUGUGAACCUGAUAGUCAUGGACCCCUUCGUGGAUUUAGCCAUCACCAUCUGCAUCGUCCUCAACACCCUCUUCAUGGCCAUGGAGCACUACCCCAUGACCCCCGACUUUGAGCACAUGCUGUCUGUGGGCAAUCUGGUUUUCACGGGGAUCUUUGCAGGGGAGAUGCUUUUCAAGCUGGUUGCUAUGGAUCCAUAUUACUACUUCCAGGAAGCCUGGAACUGUUUUGAUGGAUUCAUUGUGACGCUGAGUUUAGUGGAGCUGGCUCUGGCUGAUGUCGAAGGCCUGUCUGUGCUGCGGUCAUUCCGAUUGCUGAGAGUGUUUAAGCUGGCCAAGUCAUGGCCAACCCUCAACAUGCUGAUCAAGAUCAUUGGUAACUCGGUGGGAGCCCUCGGGAACUUGACUCUGGUGCUGGCCAUUAUCGUCUUCAUCUUUGCUGUGGUGGGCAUGCAGCUGUUUGGUAAGAGCUACAAAGACUGUGUGUGCAAGAUAGCCAAGGAAUGUGAGCUGCCCCGCUGGCACAUGAACGACUUCUUCCACUCCUUCCUGAUCGUCUUCCGGGUGCUGUGCGGCGAGUGGAUCGAGACCAUGUGGGACUGCAUGGAAGUGGCGGGCCAGGGCAUGUGCCUCCUCGUCUUCAUGAUGGUCAUGGUCAUCGGCAACCUGGUGGUGUUGAACUUGUUCCUUGCCUUGUUGCUGAGCUCGUUCAGCGCCGACAACUUGGCUGCGACAGAUGAUGACGGCGAGCCCAACAACCUGCAGAUUUCAGUCAAGCGCAUAAAGGUAGGGAUCGCAUGGAUAAAAGUGAAGAUGCGGAUACUGAUGGCCACCCUGCUAAAGAAACCACCGAUGGAGGAUGAGCAGAAGCCUUUGGACGACAUGUACGACAAGAAGCUGAACUGCAUCGCUAAUCACACUGGGGUGGACAUCAACCGCGACCUGGACUACGCCAAGAACGGCAACGGCACCACUAGCGGUAUAGGCAGCAGCGUGGGGAAGUACAUGAUCGACGAGGACCACAUGUCUUUCAUCCACAACCCAAAUCUGACCGUCUGCGUGCCCAUAGCUGUGGGAGAGUCCGACUUUGAGAACCUCAACACGGAGGACUUCAGUAGCGAGUCGGAAAAUGAGAACAGCAAAGAGCUGGAUGACACCAGCUCGUCAGAGGGCAGCACCAUCGACAUCAAGCCAGAUGUGGUGGAGGAGGUGGUAGUGGAGCCGGUGGAGGAAUACUUGGAACCAGAGGCCUGCUGGACAGAUGGUUGCGUGGCAAAGUAUAAGUGCUGUGACGUUCCGAUCAACGUGGGCUGGGGGAAGCCCUGGUGGUUCCUGAGAAAAACCUGCUUCCUGAUUGUGGAGCACAACUGGUUUGAAACCCUCAUCAUCUUCAUGAUCCUCCUCAGCAGUGGCGCCCUGGCCUUUGAGGACGUGUACAUCGAGCAGAGGAAGACCAUUCGGAUCAUUCUGGAGUACGCCGACAGGGUUUUCACCUACAUCUUCAUCCUGGAGAUGUUGCUGAAGUGGGUCGCCUACGGUUUUGUCAAGUACUUCACCAACGCCUGGUGCUGGCUGGACUUCUUCAUUGUGGAUGUGUCUAUAGUCAGCCUUGUAGCUAAUGCGCUGGGCUACUCCGAUCUAGGGCCCAUUAAAUCACUCAGGACACUAAGGGCCUUGAGACCCCUCAGAGCCUUGUCACGUUUUGAAGGGAUGAGGGUGGUAGUCAACGCCUUGGUGGGUGCCAUCCCUUCCAUUAUGAAUGUGUUGCUGGUUUGCCUCAUCUUUUGGCUGAUUUUCAGUAUCAUGGGGGUCAACCUGUUUGCGGGCAAGUACUACUACUGUUUCAAUCAGACGUCCGAGGAAUACUUCUCAGUUGACGUGGUCAACAACAAGACCCAGUGUGAGGCCCUCAUUCAGCAAAACUUUACUGAGGUCAGGUGGAAGAACGUCAAGAUCAACUUUGACAAUGUGGGCGCCGGCUACCUCGCCCUGCUGCAAGUGGCCACGUUCAAAGGCUGGAUGGACAUUAUGUACGCGGCUGUGGAUUCCAGAGAGGUGGAAGACCAACCAGACUACGAAGUCAACAUCUACAUGUACAUCUACUUUGUGGUUUUCAUCAUAUUCGGCUCCUUCUUCACCCUCAACCUCUUCAUUGGUGUGAUCAUUGACAACUUCAACCAGCAAAAGAAAAAGUUUGGAGGUCAGGACAUCUUCAUGACAGAGGAACAGAAGAAGUACUACAACGCCAUGAAAAAACUGGGGUCUAAAAAGCCGCAAAAGCCUAUUCCUCGACCACAGAACAUGAUCCAGGGAAUGGUGUUUGACUUCGUGACGCAGCAGGUUUUCGACAUCUCCAUCAUGAUACUGAUCUGCCUCAACAUGGUCACCAUGAUGGUGGAAACAGACGAUCAGUCGGACGAUACGGAGAACGUCCUCUACUGGGUCAACUUCAUCUUCAUUGUAGUCUUCACCACAGAGUUCCUGCUUAAGCUCUUUGCCCUUCGCCACUAUUACUUCACCAACGGCUGGAAUAUUUUCGACGUGGUGGUGGUCAUCCUGUCUAUUGUUGGUAUGUUCUUGGCUGACAUCAUUGAGAAGUACUUUGUGUCACCAACCCUGUUCAGGGUGAUCAGGCUGGCUCGUAUCGGUCGUAUCCUCCGUCUGAUUAAAGGAGCGAAGGGCAUCCGGACAUUGCUCUUUGCUUUGAUGAUGUCCCUGCCAGCCCUGUUCAACAUUGGCUUACUGCUCUUCCUGGUCAUGUUCAUCUUCUCCAUCUUCGGCAUGUCUAACUUUGGCUACGUGAAGCACGGAGCGGGCGUUGACGACCUGUACAACUUUGAAACCUUUGGCAACAGCAUGAUUAUUCUGUUUAUGAUCACUACGUCGGCUGGAUGGGACGGCUUGCUGCUGCCGAUCCUCAACUACCCACCAGACUGCAACCCCCGCUACGAGAACCCCGGGACAUCUGUGAAGGGGGACUGUGGUAAUCCCUCAGUGGGGAUCUUCUUUUUUGUCAUGUACAUCAUCAUUUCUUUCCUGAUUGUGGUCAACAUGUACAUUGCCAUCAUCUUGGAGAACUUCAGUGUGGCUACAGAAGAAAGUGCUGAUCCACUCAGUGAGGACGACUUUGAGACCUUCUACGAGAUCUGGGAGAAGUUUGACCCAACUGCCUCUCAGUUCAUCACUUUCGCCAAGCUGUCUGACUUUGCAGACGCAUUGGAGCAUCCACUUCGCGUGCCAAAGCCCAACACUAUAGAACUAAUUGCCAUGGACAUGCCCAUGGUGAGUGGCGACCGCAUUCACUGCCUGGACAUCCUGUUUGCCUUCACAAAGCGUGUGCUGGGUGACAGUGGUGAGUUGGACAUGCUGAGGCAGCAGAUGGAAGAGCGUUUUGUGCAAGCCAACCCCUCCAAGGUGUCGUAUGAACCCAUCACCACCACACUGCGCCGCAAACAGGAAGAUGUCUCUGCCAGAACUAUCCAGAACGCCUACCGCUGUCACCUCAUCAGGCGUGGCAUCAUCUUCAAGCGCCGCACUUUUACGAACAAUAAGCUUGAAAAUGGUGGGACCAACCAGGAGAAGAAAGAGAGCACGCCAUCCACAGCCUCUCUCCCCUCUUACGACAGCGUGACCAAACCUGACAAGGAGAAGCAGGAUGAAAACAAGGAGGAGUGGGCCAGGAAAGAGAAGGACAAAAACCAAAAAGAUGAGUGGGAAUCCAAGUGUUAGGGUUCAGUGACUCUUAAAAUCCAAUAAAACACAGCGAGAUGAGACUCUGAGCCCAAACCCAACAAAUGUAGAAAAAGUGAUAAUUUGCAAGUAAGAAAAAAACAAAACAACAAAACCAUACAAAAAAAUGUUUACAGACUCAAACACUACUGAGACAAUGGGGUUUCUUAUGUCGUCAAAGACAGAUGAACCAAACACAAUCAGUUUACCGUGGAACUUUUGCUGCGUAGUGACCAAGUUCAUAGAAAUGAGGGACAAAAACACAAAAAUGAAAAACAGUGACUGAGAAAGUGUGCUGGCCAAUGACACACAUUUCUUUGGGGACCAACUGCCAAGGCACAGAAAUCUCUGCUCGAUGAUCGGAGAAUUGCAAAAUCCCUGCCACCACCAUGUGUGGAAACCCCAGCUCUUUAAUGCUAUGGGACUGGAUCACAAAGAUCCCACUAGAACUGUGCUAGCAGUCUACAGAAAGGUUUACCAUCUUUAUCAAAGGAGAGGACAAUAAUCAACCGAGCAAGUUUAGCUAGGAAGGAAACACUUGCGAGGGAGGGGGGAAACCCAGAACUGCAGACAAGAUUUUUUGUUUGUUUGUUUGUGCUGAGUGUACUUGCAUCUUUACAUUAUUUGAGCAGCAAAAAAAGAGAUAACAUUUAGCCCAUGUCACUAGUCUUUUCAUCUCCUCUUUGUUAUACUGACACUGAAAAAGACAUUCUUUACAUGGGCUUUCACACUGACCGGGUAGGGGUCAUUAGUCAUUGUUUUGACUUGGGCUGAAGGAGACUUGUUCAGACCGAGUUCCAGAUAAAUAAUAAUUAUUGUGCUCGUUCAGUGCAUAGAAAUGACUUGCAUGAAGGCAUGUUUUGAUCAGGAAUCAUGCAUGAGUAAUCAUAGUCCACAAGACACUAAUUCUCAGACCACUGCUGUGGCGUGACUCUAAGUUUGAGGCUGUCCACUGGGGAAACUGCAAGAACUAUAAAUGGAAAAAUGAAGGUAAUGAUGAUGAUAUAGAGAAUAUUUGGGGGAAUGAUAUUCGUAUGAUCCUGCCCUUCACUAGUUUUGUUUUUCAACUGACCAUAGUCUUUUUUAAUUCAGCCCUUCAUGAAAAUUUCAGGUGAAUGACGAACGUAAGUACUCAGAGGCAACGUUGCAAUCGGAUAAACCAACAACACAAAAUAGAAACGUUUUUUUGCUGCUCUGAAUGUGAAUAGUUUAGAAAGCGUGUGGAGUGUAUGAGUGUUAGGAAGCAGAGUAUCUUCAUAUGGAAUAUAUAUGCACAGAUUUGGAGGUCCUGAACCAAAUCAGGGGCUUGCAUCUUUUCUUAUUUUUUUACAUCCAUCCUAUACAGUCACUCUCCUUACUUUCCUCUGGUCCCUGUUGCGGCAAUGAGAGCUGGAGAUGUUUCACGCCAAGGAAUCUGUAUCUGGCACCAGUAAAGUCUGGUGCGCUCAAUAGAUCUUAUCUACUGCUGUAGUUCCUGGUGAAGGGACAGAAAUCUUUUACUUAAUUAUUUCUUUGCUUUGUUUUGAUAUUUAAUUAGUUUUGAGCUAGUGGAAGAACACUAAACCACAUCAAGAUACAUUAGGCUGUACUUUAGCAGAUUCAUUUUCCUUACAGUUCCUCUUUUCUACUCUAUCAGAUCCACAUCAGAAUUUCCCAGUAAGUGACUUCUUUUAAGGUAGUGCAUUUCGGACAAUUUGAGUUGCCAGCUUUAGAGAACAAAAAAGCCUUGAAGUCCUUCUCUGAUGUCCUUGUGGUACAAUCAUUCUCAGAAAAGGCUUUUGAUCAGUGAGAGUGACACUGACCAUCUGAAACAGCUAAGAAUUAUCACAAGGACAUGCCUCGUCGUGCCUAGCAUGUAUGAAAGGUGGAUCGCCAUGAAGGGCUUGUGGUUUUGUCCGCAGAAUCAAAUGGAUUUUGUCUGAUGUAACAGGGAGGUGAGCAGGUGAGAAAUAACACAGUAUGAACGUGGACUAAUAAAUAGGCGGAGCCCCUCCCUUCAGGGUUUUAGACUGACUGCCAUGAAAACAAGAAAGAAACGCAAGAGCAGAAGAAGAAGAAGAGAAUAGUGCUUUGGUCUGAGACGGAGUGCUGAAAGUCCCAUGUUUGUCAGUGUAUCAUUGUGCUUUUGUGGGACCUCUUAAACACUGUGUGGUGUUGGACCCGGGCUCGCACCAUCUUUUCACAUACGUGCAGGCUUUUCAAAACACUAUCACCCGCUUCAAAAAAGAAUUAGCCCGAGAUGGAGGUAGAAACCCUAACACUCGCCGAGAUUAAACAUCAGCAGGCCUCACAUCGACGCAGCUAUGUUGUAUAAUAAGCUUUGUGGGUGUUUUUCAUUAAAAAAACAAAACACAAAAAACUGAGGCUUUGUCAAAAGGUUGACAAGACACAACUGCCUCCAAUGCGUGUUCCUGCCAUUUCUUUUUCUACACAGGAGUGAUGGUCCUAUUUACAAAUGGAUGACCGGACAAAAAUCUGGCAUCCGUCGUCGCACCACUGAUGCUAUUUGGUGUGCUUAACACUGCCUGUACCAGAACCCCCUGUCUGUAACAAUAACUGUGGUCUGUUUACAAUAUGAGGUCUCCGAAUCAGUUUGGCUGCUGCACACUGAAACCAAAUACAUUCCCAAUGAGAACCACAGGAGGCGUGAGUAAUGUCAUCCGAUUUACCCAUGUUCAUCUUGGAUGUAAUGUUUUAGAAUGAUACAUUCACACUUGAAAAAAAAAGACGAAAAAAAACAAACAAAAAAAGGACAAAAGAAGAAAACACAAAAACAUAUAUAUGUACAGUGCAGGCUAUGAUGUAAAUGGCACAAUCGCUGAAAAAGAACGAACUUUUUGAGAGAAACUAUAAAUAUUGUAUUAUAUUCUUUUAUUUUAUCGGCAUGCUUUGUUGUGUUUUUUUGUAAAUACGGAAAUUUUAAAAAUGUUACUACUAAUAAUCAAAAAAUGAAUAAUAACAAUAAUAUAGAAUGGCUUCCAGCUAUGCCCUUUGUCACAUUUGUUACCUUUUGGAUUUUUUGAGACACUUUUCACUUUGUUGACGGAAAUUGAAUGAUAUAUAGAUAUUAUAUAAUACAAAAGAUAUAUACAUGUAUACAUAUAUGUCUAUAUGUAUAUACAUAAAACAGAAGAACACUGUUUGUCACAUUUGAUUUGUGUGCAACACGUUCAGUGGAUGUCUAAAACUGGUUGUUUCCAGCACCCUUCUAUGUUGGGAAAAUAGCUCAUGUGCUAUGUUACUGGAGCUGCUUGCCAUGGAUUGUAGCCUGAUCAUGAUGAAAGGAUAAUGUUACCAGCACAUUUCUCACUUACUGUCAUAUUUCUCACCUUCACUGAAUAUACCGGACACGCCCACAGUCAUGGACACACACGCACACAUAUGACUAUCCAACUCUGCCAGUGGUUUCUUCCCAGACAAUGUCAGCUGGUGUGACUGACUGCCUCACCCACCCUGAGAAGGAACCCUCCCCCUGGGCCCCCCACCCACACACACACACAUCAGUGCCAUUACAACCCAACAAGCAUACAAUUGUGUACUAGCUUCUCAUCGUCACAUUUCUUUUAAUGAAUGGUUUGUUUCCAGUGUCCCACUCAAUGGCAUGUGCCUUUUUUCUGCUUUUUCUGCGAAUUUGGAUGUCGAUGCCACACUGGGAAAAACAACAACAACAACAAAAAAAACAGCAAAGAAAAAAAAAAAUAGAAACAAACAAACAAAAAAGGAACACAAAAACAUGUUUCCAAACUGUGGAGGGUGGGGGUUUGAGGGUGAGCACAACAUUAAUCAGGGAUGUCAAGUCAGAAAUACUGCCAGAGGAUCAUCCAGACACCCCACGUCAUCUCAAUAUUCAACAGUGUGUGAUGUUACCAGAAAAACAGCUAACUCAAACAUGUCCUGUACUUAGUGCUAUGUGUGUCACCCACUUGGCUUGUGAAAAAGCAGCUUGCCUUCUAUAUUUCAGUUUGAUUUCUUCAAUGUUUCUGUCUUCAUCUGAAAUUUAUUUUUGUAUCCAUAUUUGUUUAUAGGACUCAUUCUUUUUUGCUUUUUUUAGCAUGGUUUACUCUGGGCGUUUUUUCUUUUUCGCUGAAAAAUUAAAAAGUGCUUUUCAAACUGUUGUUAUCAUUUGACACCGUGAUAGAGGAUAUACAGUACAAUAUGAUGGUGUGUUGCACAACCACUUGGACUCUUGGUAAGAAUAUAUGAAAGAUUGUCUUCAUUUGAGCACGAACCUUUUUAUUACCAAUAAAGCAGCCUUCCAGUUACAA